AUGCAAUUGCAAGGGGCUCCUGACGCCAUCAUGUGCCGAGCGUUUGUUACCACCCUUAAGGGUACCGCCAGAGACUGGUAUCGAACUCUUCGACCAGGAUUUGUUGGUUCCUUCCAAGGGAUGGAGCAAAUGUUCAUCGGCCACUUCCUUAGUAGCCGAAGAGUUGCUAAAACAACAGGCCAUCUAAUGAGUAUGGUGCAAGGGGACCGGGAGACUUUAAAGAACUUCAUGCACCGGUUCAACACAACGACCCUAGAAAUCUGCAACUUAGAUAUGGGGGUAGCCUUGGCCGCCCUGACAACGGCUCUCCAACCAGGAAGUUUCUUAUACUCCCUAGGGAAAAAACCGCCGGUGGAUAUAGGGGAGUUAAUGAUCCGAGCAGAGAAAUACAUAAACCUGGAGGAGAUGAUGGAUACGAGAGGAAAUCGUUUAGAGCGGAAAAGGGGAAACAAUGGCAGAGAAUCUGGAGACACGUAUAGAUCUAUAAAAAGACACCAAACUAGUGCGCUACAAACAGGUCAAAAGACGAGAGGACAGCACAACAAGUUCUCCACCUACGCACCUCUAAAUGUACCACGCUCAGAGUUGCUGAUGCAGUUCAAAAAGAAGGACUACGUCUCAUGGCUUGAACCUAUGUGA